GACGUGAGGCGCGGAGGCCUGGACGGCGUGGCCAGGUGAUGUGGGCCCCUGUGCUUUUCCAGAGGACAGGGAUCCCCAGAGCAGCCGUGACCCCAGGCUGCCCCCGUGAGGCGUUUUGACACCAGCCCUAGGGGCUUUGGGCAGCCCCGAGUCGGCCUGGCUCCGUUAAAUGCCCCGAGAAUGCUGUGAUUUGAGGAAUUAGGCUCUCCUUGAGGGAGGGGCACUGCCUGCGCUUGUGAACUCAGUGCGGAGAAAAAGGACAGAAUGAUGCUUUCUGAGCAAGCCCAAAAGUGGUUCCCAACCCACGUGCAGGUCACAGUGCUCCAAGCCAAAGAUCUGAAGCCAAAAGGCAAAAGUGGCACCAAUGACACAUACACUAUAAUUCAGCUGGGCAAGGAAAAGUAUUCCACCUCUGUAGCUGAGAAAACCCUUGAGCCAGUCUGGAAGGAAGAGGCCUCCUUUGAGCUGCCUGGAUUGCUAAUGCAGGGGAAUCCAGAGAAAUACAUUCUUUUCCUUAUAGUUAUGCACAGAUCCCUGGUGGGGCUGGAUAAAUUUUUAGGGCAGGUGGCAAUCAAUCUCAAUGACAUCUUUGAGGACAAACAAAGAAGGAAAACAGAGUGGUUUAGAUUAGAAUCCAAACAAGGAAAAAGAGUCAAAAGCAGGGGUGAGAUAAAGGUCAAUAUUCAAUUCAUGAGGAACAAUAUGACAGCAAGUAUGUUUGACUUAUCAAUGAAGGACAAAACAAGAUCUCCUUUUGCAAAAUUAAAAGAUAAGAUGAAAGGUAGAAAAAAUGAUGGAACAUUUUCUGAUACGUCUUCUGCAAUCAUUCCAAGUACUCACAUGCCAGAUGCCAAUACUGAGUUUUCAAGUGGUGAAAUACAGAUGAAAUCCAAACCAAAAAAACCUUUUCUUUUGGGUCCUCAGAGACUCUCUUCUGCACAUUCAAUGUCUGAUUUAACUGGGUCCCACGUAUCUUCGGAGAAACUAAAGUCUGGCGCUGUAGGUCAAACACAUCUUGGACGCCAGAUAGAUUCCUUUGGUGCAGUUCCAGAAAGUGGAAGUCUCAAAUCUCCACACAGAAGAACAUUAAGCUUUGAUACUUCUAAAAUGAACCAACCUGACAGCAUUGUGGAUGAAGGUGAAUUGUCUUUUGGAAGACAAAAUGACCUAUUUACAAACGUGACUGCUUCAUUACCCCAAAAAUUUGCAACACUGCCAAGAAAGAAGAAUCCAUUUGAAGAAAGCAGUGAAUCAUGGGACAGUAGCAUGAAUUUGUUUUCAAAAUCAAUUGAAGUAAGAAAAGAAAAUAAAAGAGAGAAAAGGGAGAAAGUUAGCCUGUUUGAAAGAGUGACUGGGAAAAAAGAAACCAGAAGGUCUGAUAAACUUAACAAUGGGGGAUCUGAUAGCCCUUGUGACUUGAAAUCACCUAAUGCUUUUAGUGAAAAUCGGCAGGACUAUUUUGAUUAUGACUCAACUAAUCCGUUUACAACAAAAUUCAGGGCUUCAAAUAUAAUGCCAUCUUCAAGUUUUCAUAUGGAUCCGACAAGCAGUGAAGACCACAGGAAAAUCCCGGACAGCAAUCCUUUCGAUGCCACUGCAGGGUACCGUAGUCUGACCUAUGAAGAGGUACUACAAGAGCUGGUGAGACACAAAGAACUCCUUCGGAGGAAAGACACCCACAUCCGGGAGCUUGAGGACUACAUCGACAACCUCCUCGUCCGGGUGAUGGAAGAAACGCCUAGUAUCCUCAGAGUGCCAUACGAACCAUCCAGGAAAGCUGGCAAGUUCUCCAACAGUGAAUAAAGCCAAGUGUGCUGCAUUCAUAAUUGGGGCGCGGGGCUUGCUACUGAAAGUCAACACUGUCAGGUUUCAUUAUAUACUCCUUCAUUGUGAAAAGUUAUUUUAACUGUAAAUACUAUCAGGGGCUAUCAAGAGUGACCUUUGAAGUGAGCAAACUACUUCAAACUUUUAAAGUGAAAUGGGCCUAGAUUCUUGAUGAAUAAGCAUUUCUAUAGGAUCACUGGGUGCUGGUGCUGGCCACUAAUCUGCCAUAGGCCCAGAAAUAUCUUCACAAGUCCACAAAUUAGUCCUCAGGAAUAGAUUUUUUCAUAAAGUGGAAGUGAUACUUGUGGCUGGAUUCUGAGAAGUCAGUUUGUAGGGAUUUAGCUUCAGGAAUACUGCUCAUUAGCAACACUACUAAAAAACAGUUCAUAUUUUAUAUACAGAUACACACAUGAAUAUAUAUUCAUGUAUCUGUAUAUAAAAUACAUUCAUAUACCUCACAUAAACAUGUGUUUUUAGAACAACUGGCUGCCUCUAAGGUUAGAAUAAUAAUUUCAUAGAUUAAAAAUGUAUAUUUGCUCUGUUGAUGCAAGACAAAUCAUCAUCACUACCGUUAAGGCUCAUUAUGGAGAAGCUGCUUCAAGUCACUCUUGGCUGUGUGAACCUUGGUUUCAAAGUAAGCUGCUAUUUAUAAUUCCAACAUCAAAUUUUAGCUCUUUUUCAAAAAGUAAUGAUCUAAGUUCCUUUUUAAAAGAAUCAAGUUUUAGGAAAUUUCAUUUACUUCACAGUAGCUUGAAUUUCUUUGAAUUAAUUUUUGCCUAACAUUUGAGUUUUAUAUAAGGUAUAAGCAGAAUGCAAUUUGUUUUGUUGAAAUUCUGCAUGCCUUUAAAACACUAGCCAGAAAAAUAUUAUAAAGGUAUAUCUGAAAAUAAUUUUGGGAAAAAAAUAAGUCAUCAUCUGGUGCCCAAUAACCCAAAGCAAUGAACAAAUUCUAAGAAUGAGGAAUUAGGCUUGGUUUCAAGUUUCAUAAAUAAUGGAACAGAUGGUUGCCUUUGGGUCCUGAACCAAAAUAAGACUUAACUACAGGAAGAGCGAGGUUUAGAGCAGAUCAUUACUAGCAUGACAUUACAUAUUGCUCGACAUCCACCCUUUAAUAAUGGAUUUAUCAUGAAGAUUUUUUUUCAGUUCACUCCCAAAAACUGUUGAUUCCUUUAUAGAUUAGCUAUAAAAUUACUCUGAAGGGCAAUGAUAUAAAAAAUUGCUAAUCUGCUGCUUACUUUUCCACUGUAAAACUAAAAUACUAUGAAACAGAAUAUCUCUUUCUGAAUUUAAAAUAAAAAGUUUGUCUCUAUAUGGAGGCUAAUAUAUUCCCCAAUUCUUUAAUGAAUUGCAUUUUUCUAAUAUUUAUCUCUAUUCAGGCUUUAGUGAAUGUUAAAUAAAAAGCAGUUAUAAUAGUUUUGCUUAUUUUAGUAUUUUGAAUCAGAGAAUCCUUAGCCAAACUUAGAUUCAUAAACCAAAAUCCCUUGUUAUUUGUAUUUUCUCAGUUACCUUAGUUUUCCUAUGAGAAUGUGCAUUUUAAAAUUGUGAAAAUUUUUCCCAAGCACAAAAAAUUAAAUGCUUUUCUAAUAUUAAGAAAUUAAGAAGGAAAAAUAACUUUCAUCCCUUUUUCCCUCCACUUACAAUUAAAGUUCUAUAAUGAACCACAAAAAUCUAGUAUGGGAUUUUAUUUUCCCAUUUGAGGUCUGAGUAAUUGUUACUGUUUUUUUUUGUUUUUUGGUACCAGGGAUCGAACUCAGGACCUUGCACUUGCGAGGAAGGCACCAGAACCACUGAGCUAAAUCCCCGACCCCUGAGUAAUUAUUUUUUAACAUGGUACCAUUUAAAAUUAUUAAAUGUUACAAAGUUCUUGGCAUUUUAUUCUCAUAGUGUUAUUGAGACCCAAAUAUUUAAAAAUACCAAAAUUAUGCAUUUUCAGUAUUAUGAUAAUUACCUGCAGAUACCAUAAUAUACUUUAGUCAGAUUUGUUCUUUGUAGAAUGAACCAGGAUGUCAUUUUUGUACUGGGUGCUGAUGUGUUUUCCAUAAUGCUCAUUUAAAAUGAUGGUUCAGUAACUGCUGUUCUUUUUUAUGAGAAAAUUUAUUUUUAAAAGAGUAAUUCUUUGUCUCUAAUAAAAAUGGUUAAGGAAUAGACUUAUCCAUACAUGAAUGAUUGGCCACAACUGAAUCAAUAUUUUUAUGUCCAAAAUCUUAGACAAGUGUUAUAUUUAAAACUAAAUCUAUAUUUACCACUGCUUGAAAAUGUUCAUUUCCAGUGUUUAUGAGUUUUCACUCAUGACCCAGAGUAAACUUACUAUAUAUUUUCAUAAUCAGUCAGUAUAACAAACUAAAAAAGAGUACAAUGAAUUGCCAAGUAAACAUACUAGUGUUUCUUCUGUUUGAGCAGAAGUACAAAUAGAGUAGUUUUAAUUUCUGGGAUUGUAGAAGAAAGUCCAAAAAGACCACCUUAGUUUAUUUUUCCAAACUAUAAGUAGCCUAAUUAUCUAUUUUAUUAGUAGGUUAAACAUAAAAUGUAUGUGCUCAUUAAAUAUGCAUGGUACGGUAGAUUUAUAAGCAGAUUUUACUUCUGCUCUUAUGCUUAAAAAAAAAAAAAGCAUGUUCAAACUAUUUCCACAAGAGGAUUUUAAAAAAAUUA